AAAAAGCAAGAGUCUUUAGAAGCAAAGCUGCAAGACAUGAACAGAGAUGUAGAUUUGGAUGACACACUAGUAGAUGAAGAGGAUGAUGAACCAACCAAGUCAAGGCCGGCAGCGGGAAGGGUUAGCAAGAAAGAAGCAUUGCUGUUAGAAGACCUCGAGCCYAAGGGAGUGUCUGCCUUCAAGAGAGAUAACCGCGAGCCGAACAAACUUGGCAAGACCCAGAGGAAAGGCCCGAUAUCGCUAACCACCAACACUGACUCCGAUAUGUCCGAUUCGCCUGGCGAGAUUUCACCGCGCGCUCACUCRAGGAACUCUGCUGYAAACAAACAUAUAACRCAACAACAGACGAAGGGAUUGGCCUCGAAACCUUAUCACGUUGAUUUGUCUUCUGACGAGAGCACUGAAGAUGAAUUACAACAAAACUUGUUAGUCUUACAAAAACAAGCUGAAUAUCGUAAUGCGGAUCUUAAGAAAAGGCUUGUCGCUGAGUGCGACGCCAUUUCUAAAGCGAAGCGGUUUUUGAGACGUCAUAAAAAGUCUGUUCAAAAGCGUCAAGCUGCACUCGAGCGAGCUCGUAAUGAAUGGAAGCAUGAUGUAACUACGAAUAUUAAUAGAGGAAAGCCUGUCUCGUCAAAGAACGCWACACUUCUCGAAGAYGUCAAGUCUAAACUUGAAGAGGAAGAAGCAGAACUGACCAUCGUUGUUGAUAACAUGAACGCGGGGCAGGAAUUGCUGAGGCARAAAGAGGAACGGUUAAAGAUCCUAGAGAACGCUUUACUCGGUGGGCUGUCCACUACUGCAUCCGAAUCAGAAGAUUUGCCCAUGGACAAGUUUUAUCGUAAAUCUGUCGGACUUCCACGUGACAAAUACCGACCACACCGAACCACACGACGACCGCACGACGACGAAGACUCGAGUGGCUUCAGCAGUAGCGACUAUAGUGACGUUAGGGGRCGUGACGUCAGAAUGCCACGAGGUUCUAAGAGCCUUCGUUUUGCUCCUAACCCUUCAAAGAGCCAUAAUAUAGACGAUGUUCAGUCUUCUCUGUCUACAAUUAAUACCGACCUGGCGAGGAUUUUAACGCUGUUACAGUCACAGGCUUUACAACGACCCACGCAACAUGUACAGUACGGAAAUCCCGAACAACCAGUGUUUGCACAGACUGCGAGACCACCAAGCAGCGGUUAUAUGACAGCACCUAUAGAGCAUGCUCAGACUAGUCGUCCGGAGAUGAACGGUUAUCAUCAGACACACUACAAGCCUCARGAAUCAACAGAAUCAGCGUUAGAGAGAAAGUGGCAGACAUAUUUUGGAGGUCAAAGUCGUUCUUCUCCUGCCAGUCUUAGUUUAGGGGCAACAUUACAAGGACACAUAACAGCAAGGGAUACCAAUGGCCCAGGUAACAUGAAGGAUAGACUAACAGACUGGACGUCAGAAGGACAGUUAAAUGUUGCUGAGAGACUUCAGAACCACGCCGACUGGUUGAAAAACUUUAGACGUGAAAUGGGUUUCGGUGACGGUCCUGCACAGUCUUCCCGUGGAUCGAUGGCUGCAACAUCUCGAUACCCAUCGCAGACGAAGAGUGCUCCAAGUCCAUCAAACCUCUGGACAACCAACCCACGUGGUAUGGGGAUGACACAUCGGCCUAUGCGGCUCGAAUUAGGAAAAAAUAACGAAAUACGCUACGUUUAGAAUUCCAUACUUUAUCCACAGAUAUAUAAACAUCAACUCUUAUUAGGCUAAAAUAAAAAGUGAGUGAUCUUUUUUUGCUCGAAGAACAUUCUCUGCAAGUGUGRCGUUCAAUUACAAAUACAGUCGGAUGUUUUAAACUUCAUUAUUACGGACAUAUAAGAAAGGAAAUACUGUGUAUGACAGGGCAGCCGUAUGACAGCAAGCCAACUGCAUUGUGUCCGUACUAAGGAGGUGUACGUAAUUCAGAGGUAUUCGUCGAGGUAACCAUAAAAAUGUUACAUUAAAAAGCAUACUUUUUGACACUACAGGAGCCACGCCCAAAAUCGGAUCAAACGAGAUAUAUAUAGUUAUUUGAAAGAAAUAAAUCAUAAUGAUCCAACACAUCGUGAGCCAUGCUUUAUCACCGAGCAAAGUCAUAAUAUUGUGAAUAUAUUAGAUUGUACUUCCUUUGAACUUGAUUUGCAAUAAACCUGUGAAAUAGUUAU